AUGCGCGAGGCCUCUUGCUGCAGCAGCAGCUGCAGCAGCAACAAGGGUGUAUAUUUUAGUGCUGCUGAGGACAAAGAGAAGCAGCCAGGUGUAUAUAUAACAGCAGAUGAGUGGUUGCAGCGGCGAGAGAAAGCUGCUGUUGUGCUGCAGCAGCAUGCAAGAGCAUGGGCAGCAAAGCGUGAGGCGCAGCAGCGGCGACGCCAGAGAGACAUGCUGCAGCAGCAGCAGCAGCAGCAGCAGCAGCGGAAACAGUGGGAGGCAGCAGUAAGAAAGAAAAAACAGCAGCAGAGAGGAGGCAGCCCCACUACUGCUGCUGAUUUCUCGCUGCUGCAUGCAGAGGUAGAGGCAUGGAGAGCCGAAGAAGAAAACAAAAUAAAACUUUGGUUGUCAGCAGCAGCAUCGCAGCAGCAGCAGCAGCAGCAGCAGCAGCAGCAGCAGCUGCAGCUGCUGCAGCAGCAAGGCUUACCGCAGCAAGUCCUUUUAUCACUGCAGCAACAGCAGCAGCAACAGCAGCAACAGCAGCAAAUAAGUAAACAAAACCCAAACAAACAGAAGCGUGAUGCGUUGCUGCUGCUGCUGCAGCAGGAGACGCAGCUGCUGCAGCGUAUAGAGGGCCUGAAGCAGCAAGCAGAGAAACAAAGGAAGCAGCAGCAGCAGCAGCAGCUGCUGACGAAGAUGACGGAGCCCCUUAUAUGGGUACAAUCAAGCGGAGACACAGCAGCUGUAUAUACACCUGAAACAGAGGCUGCAUGCGCUCUGCAUGCGCUAUACAUGCAGCUGUGUGGGGGCCCCCUGGGGGCCCCCCAGCGUCUGCAGGUACUAGCAGCAGCAGCAGCAGCAGUGAAGCAACACAACGAUCCUCUUGCUGCUGAGGUAGCUGAGCUGCUGCAGCGCGAGGCUCUGCUGCUGCAGCGCGGGCGCAGCAGCAACCUGCUGCUGGCGGGGCUGAGACAAAGGAUACAGUCUCUCUUCGGGCUGCUGCUGCUGCGGCCUUCAUUCAAUCCACAAGCAGAAAGAAUCACUGCUGCUGCUUACUUAUCUUAG